AUUUCUUUAAUUUUUUGUUCGCUAUUUCUUCUCGGAGCUUGAAAAAGUCCCCAGUCAUGCUUUGAAAAUUGACAACUGAUUGGCGGCAUGUUCGCGCGAAGGGUAUUGAGGAUACGCCCUCAAAUAUCGAGAUGUGUGCUUCGAACACAAACAACCAUCGGGUCACCCUUGCAUAAACACCUCUUGAUCCGAACCUGUUCGUCCCACGCAACUUCGGGUCUCCCACCAAAACCCCCCGCAGAUCACCGACAACUCGGCCUCCAACAAGAGCUAUUUACGACCUCGAUAUAUAGCCCCGGAUCGCCGAUACUGCUGCCUAAUGGUGCGCGAAUAUUCAAUCGUCUUGUAGAGUUUCUACGAAAGCAAUAUGUACGAUAUGGUUUCGACGAGGUCAUCACCCCCACCAUAUAUAAAAAGGCACUAUGGAGGAAAUCGGGCCAUUUAGAAAAUUACAGUGAUGACAUGUAUACGGUGACAAGUACAUCGCCCUCACGUAGCGAUAGUACGAAGGCUGGUGACGAAGAGGACGAAUAUGGCCUUAAGCCCAUGAACUGCCCAGGUCAUUGCCUGAUCUUUGCAUCCCAACGACGAAGCUACCGACAGUUGCCUAUCCGAUAUGCCGACUUCUCCCCCCUCCACCGGAACGAGAUAUCCGGAGCUCUCAGUGGCUUAACCCGAGUACGACGUUUCCACCAAGAUGACGGUCACAUAUUUUGCCGGCCGAUACAAAUCGAGGAGGAGAUCAAGAAGACACUUGACUUCGUGCGUGUCGUCUACUCUACCUUCAAGCUAGGACCUUACCGAUUAGCCCUCUCGACGCGCCCGGCCGAUCAUUACAUUGGAACUGCUGAAGAGUGGGAGAGGGCUGAGAAUGCUCUUAAGAGAGCGUUAGAUGCAUCCGGUCAAGAGUGGACUAUAAACGAAGGCGAUGGUGCAUUCUACGGACCCAAAAUCGAUAUCGUAUUAAGAGAUUCAGAUGGCAAGGAGCACCAAACUGCUACGAUACAGUUAGAUUUCCAGCUACCGAAACGAUUCGACUUAGGCUACCUAGCACCAGCACCUGAAUUCGAACGAAGGGGCGAAAUUACUACAGAUGCCGAAAAGCUAGCUGAGUUUGGGCUUGUAACCCCCGUCCUGAUCCACAGAGCUGUGUUGGGUUCGGUGGAAAGACUGAUGGCCUUACUUAUUGAACAUUACGAUGGCAAGUGGCCAUUUUGGUUGAAUCCAAGGCAGGUAAUGAUAGUUACCGUUAAUGAUAGUGAACCAGUAGUGAGAUUAGCUAGGUUAGCCCAAGAUAUUCUUAUGGGUAGAGAUGGGUCAACCGAAGGCCCAGUCGUAAACCCCUCUCAACUUAUAGUAGAUAUUGACGAUAGCCAGAGGAGCCUACCGCUCAAAGCAAGAGAGGCUAAAUCAAAGGGCUAUGGCGUAAUCGUCACCGUGGGUCCAAAACAGGUACCAAACGGUACAGUUACGAUUGGCAUGUCGGGAUUGGGGAAUGACGGGAGUGGGACCAAGCAAGAUAUGUUACCGAAAGAUCUAUUUGCACUCCUGAAAAAUAAGGCCGACUCCUACCAAUAAUGGGGGCAUGUUCUCCAUAGCCAUACCCAAUUGAACCUAAUCCAUAACGAAAACAC